UGGGAAUCAAUUCUUAGCUUCAUUCAUUUGUCACUGUUAACUCCAAAUUCGUCGUCCCGCGCUUUUGUCUCUUUCACCGGAGAAAUCGCAAUCACGGCGCCCGCUGUUCUCAGUUAUGGUUCCGGCGACAUUACUCUGAACUUCUACUUCUUUUCCGGUGGAUUGCCUACUUCACUUCUAUGGCUUCGGAGAAGAGCGCAGCAGUUUCAACCACCGAAACUCUCGCGGAGGAGUCAAAGCCUAAAACUCCGAGCCGCACUUUUCUUAGCAUUCUUAAAUCUCUCGUCGCAGGUGGCGUCGCCGGUGGAGUGUCACGCACUGCAGUUGCUCCCCUGGAACGGUUGAAAAUUUUGCUUCAGGUCCAAAAUCCACACAACAUAAAGUAUAAUGGCACAGUUCAGGGAUUGAAAUACAUAUGGAGAACAGAGGGUAUCAGGGGAUUGUACAAAGGAAAUGGCACUAAUUGUGCCCGUAUUGUUCCAAACUCAGCUGUCAAGUUCUUCAGUUAUGAGGAAGCAUCAAGGGGAAUAUUAUGGCUAUAUCGUCAGCAAACCGGGAAUGAGGAUGCUCAGCUCACUCCACUUCUACGUCUUGGAGCUGGAGCAUGUGCUGGAAUUAUUGCCAUGUCAGCAACUUACCCCAUGGACAUGAUACGAGGUCGGAUUACUGUCCAGACUGACAAAUCACACUAUAGAGGAAUUUUUCAUGGUCUUAGAACAGUUUCCGUGGAAGAAGGACCUCGUGCUUUAUAUAAAGGGUGGCUUCCUUCUGUUAUAGGAGUGGUACCCUAUGUAGGUCUCAAUUUUGCUGUAUAUGAAUCUUUGAAAGAUUGGUUGAUAAAAAACAAACCAUAUCGACUAGUAGAAGACUCUGAGUUGAGUGUGAUCACAAAGCUCGCGUGUGGCGCUGCUGCCGGAACUGUUGGACAGACAGUUGCAUACCCUCUUGAUGUCAUCCGUCGAAGAAUGCAGAUGGUGGGCUGGAAAGAUGCCGCCUCUGUAGUCACUGGGGAUGGGACGAGAGUGCCACUUGAAUAUACAGGAAUGGUAGAUGCAUUUAGGAAAACAGUUCGGUAUGAGGGAUUUGGGGCACUGUACAAAGGCUUGGGCCCAAACUCUGUCAAGGUGGUCCCUUCCAUAGCGAUUGCAUUUGUGACUUAUGAGGUGGUUAAGGACAUUCUUGGAGUAGAUAUGAGAAUAUCGGAUUAAAGGUGCUACCAUAUUUAUUGAACUUUCAUUUUAGAUAUGUUGGAAUAUUCUUCACUCAUGUAUAGGAAAUCGGGAAUCUUUGUAAGAUCCAACGCCUUACAUCGAUGGUCCGUCUCUUUACUCUAAUCUUUUCUUGGAUACAUCACAUGUAGCGACAAGCUGCUUAAUUUGCAACUGAUACUGAAAUAGAUGGCAAGAAUUCAUUGAA